GCCUUGCGUUCGCCCUGCGUUCCAACUCACUCUUGGCGCCUUCGCGGGAGGUGAGUCGGAGCCAUGGCGGCUGCCAACCCCUGGGACCCGGCGUCCGCGCCUAACGGCGCUGGGCUAGUGCUAGGCCACCUCAUAGCUUCGGGGAUGGUCAAUCAGGAGAUGUUAAACAUGUCUAAGAAAACAGCUUCUUGUUUUGUGAACUUCACCAGACUACAGCAGAUCACAGACAUUGAAGCUGAAAUCUACCAGAAAAACCUGGAAAUUGAACUCCUGAAACUAGAAAAAGAUACAGCAGAUGUUGUUCAUCCUUUCUUUCUGGCUCAGAAGUGUCAUACUCUGCAAAGCAUGAAUAAUCAUUUGGAAGCAGUGCUGAAAGAGAAGAGAUCCCUUAGGCAAAGACUGUUGAAACCCAUGUGCCAGGAAAACUUACCUAUUGAAGCUGUUUAUCACAGAUAUAUGGUACAUUUGCUGGAAUUGGCUGUAACUUUCAUUGAGAGAUUAGAAACCCACCUUGAAACAAUUAGAAAUAUACCUCAUUUAGCUGCAAAUCUAAAGAAAAUGAACCAGGCUUUAGCAAAGAUGGAUAUAUUGGUGACUGAGACAGAAGAACUGGCAGAGAAUAUACUCAAGUGGCGUAAACAACAAAAUGAAGUUUCGUCUUGUAUCCCCAAAAUAUUAGCUGAAGAAAGUUAUCUUUAUAAACAUGAUAUUACAAUGCCUCCUUUACCUUUUACUUCUAAAGUUCAUGUCCAAACUACUAAUGCCAAGUAGUCAUCAACUUUAUUUUUGCUUAAUUAUGUGUAGUCAUAUGAAGUCUAUUUCUAGUUGACUGUAACAUGGGUAUUAAUAGUCUUUGCUGCUAGUAAUACUGAAAGAACCUGCUUUAUGUUGGAGUAUCAAGAUCUCAGGUUCAUUAAGACCAAACUGACUUUUCCUUUGUUUUUCGUGUAUUUUUAUUCUACCUUUCAGUAAAACUAGAGAAGAUAAAAAAUAGCCAUGACAAUUUAUUAACAUAAGUGAAUUAACCAUUUCUCAGGCAGAAAAUUCUCUUUUUUAAAAAAUGUGUGUUUAUGGUCUGGUGUGGUGGCUCACACCUGUAGUCCUAACACUUAGGGAGGCUGAGGCGGGCAGAUCGCUUAAACCCAGGAGUUCAAGACCAGCCUGGGUAACAUGGUGAAAGCCCGUAUCU